UGCCAAACCCAAAAUAUUCUGUUUUCUGUCUUCGAAGUGUUCUUGCCUUGAUGGUAAGUCUUGAAUCGCGCUCUGUCCGCCAUCCUCAAUCUCAAAGUCUCUUCUUUCCUGUUCUUGGGUGGGUUUUUACUGUGAAAAUGAGGUGCCUACCGCUUGUCGUAACUUUCCUCAUCAUAUGGGUGGUUGCUGAUUCAAGGAAAAUUAUCAUGCCUGAGGACAUAGGUCUAAGUACAUCUUUGGGCAACAUAAGGUCCUUUGAUGGGUUUGAGAUUGAGGGCUCUUCAUCUAGAAUAGAAAUUCCUUCCCUGAAAGAGUUUCCACUGGAGUUUAUCUGUAAUGCAUGCUUGGAGGCUUUAAGACUAGCUGAGAAAGUCUUGGCUGAUCCUGAAUUUCUAGAAAAUAUUAAGAAGUGUGCAGGUGAUAUCUGCUCCCUUUUGCCUUCCAACUUGCAAGGAGAGUGUGAAGAAUCCUUCAAGAGCUACAUAGAAAAGGCUGUUGUUUUCCUGCAAGAAUAUCUCAGUGGAGAGAGGCUCUGCAAUAGCACAGGGCUAUGUCCUGGAUAUGGGGAGACUAUUUCAAAUAAUGAAAGGAACAUUCAGUUGAAUUUUGGAAGUUUUUAUAAUAAACUUUCUUCUAUGUUGAGGGAGACAUUAUUGGAGGUGGCGAACAUGGCAUAUCAAAGGCAAGAACAAUCAGAGGUUCUGAAUGAAAAGGACCACUCUUCUACUGUAUUGCUGAGGUUUAAUGAGAAAGCCUCAGGUAAUAUAAGUUGUGAUGCUUGUCACCGUGCUAUUGAUGAGAUAGAGAAAGAUUUGAGAAACCCAGUGACAAAGCUUAAGUUGAUAAAGAUUCUGCUCCAAGCAUGUGAAGAGGUCCAGGAUCAUGUCAAAGAAUGCAAGAAACUGGUCCUUGAGUAUGUCCCUCUGAUUUUGGUAAAUCUGGAGAAAUAUUUGAAGAAUAAUGAUAUAUGUGCCAUGUUACAUGUCUGUAAGGACCAUAUGAUUCUUCUCUAGUUCACAUAAGCCAAUUAUGUCAUGUAAGAGUUGAUGGGAGGUGAAUUAGGAAGUAAAAAGGCAUGGGUUUUCGAAGCUUCAGCUUGUUCUGGAUUUCAGAAAUUCUCAGGGAACCAUCAUGAUGUGCAACUUGAAUCGGCCGGCAGGUGAAGAAUGUAAGCUGUUCAUACAACAUCUCAACUUUGGUCGGUGUAUGAAAAAUGUAUUCCCUAUAUUGUGUAAAAUUUAUUGAAAAUGGCACUGCGUGUUCUUCAAUGUAACCAUUUAUUGGGUCCUCACACACAUUGUUCUUGAUUGAAUAUUUAAAAUGCUACUGAACGAAUUGAAGUGUUUUCGAAGGGCACUGAUGGGAGAGAUACGUAGGUAGCACGGUUUAUUUGUU